AGGAUGUCUGUGAAGUGUCUUUCUUUGCUGCUGCUGCUGCUACAGCUGAGCUGCUACUUCAGCUCUGGGAGUUGUGGAAAGGUGCUGGUUUGGCCGAUGGAAUUCAGCCACUGGAUGAAUCUGAAGAACAUCCUUGAUGAACUUAUUCAACGAGGUCAUGAAGUAACUGUUCUGAGAUCUUCAGCUUCUGUUGUAAUCAAUGCCAAGAAUGAAUCCGGAAUUAAAUUUGAAACUUUCCCUACAUCUUACACUAAAGAUGAAUUAGAGAGUUUUUUCAUGCAUUGGUUUCAUAAUGUUAUGUAUAAUGUCCCGCUGGAUAUAUAUUGGGAACAUUUACCAGAAGUGAGCGACUUUGUUCUAAGAUAUUCUGAUAUUUCUGAAAAUAUUUGCAGGGAAGUAGUCUUGAACAAAAAACUCAUGACAAAGCUACGAAAAGCAAAGUUUGAUGUUGUUAUUGCAGAUCCCGUAAGCCCCGGUAGUGAUCUGCUUGCUGAGUUACUCAAAAUCCCCCUUGUGUACAGCCUUCGUGGCUUUCCUGGCUACAUACUGCAAAAGCAUGGUGGAGGGCUUCUAUUACCUCCAUCCUAUGUACCUGUUAUGAUGUCCCGUUUAAGUGGACGAAUGACAUUCACAGACAGAGUAAUAAAUAUGCUAUGUGUGCUUUACUUUGACUUCUGGUUUCCAAAGUUUAAUGAGAAGAGGUGGGAUCGUUUUUACAGUGAAGUCUUAGGAAGACCUGCUACAUUCUUGGAGUUAGUGGGGAAAGCUGACAUGUGGCUCAUUCGAAGCUAUUGGGAUUUGGAGUUUCCCCGCCCACUCUUACCAAACUUCCAGUUUGUCGGAGGGCUCCACUGCAAGCCUGCCAAACCUCUGCCUAAGGACAUGGAGGACUUUGUGCAGAGCUCUGGAGAAGAGGGAGUUGUGGUGUUUUCUUUGGGUUCAAUGUUCAGUAACAUGACAGAAGACAGGGCCAAUGUGAUCGCAUCAGCCCUUGCCCAGCUUCCACAGAAGGUUCUUUGGAGAUUUGAAGGCAAGAAACCAGACACCUUAGGACCCAACACUCGCCUCUAUAAGUGGAUCCCCCAGAAUGACAUACUUGGUCAUCCAAAAACAAAGGCUUUUAUAACUCAUGGUGGAGCCAAUGGUGUCUUCGAGGCAAUCUAUCAUGGCAUCCCGAUGGUGGGCAUUCCUUUGUUUGGUGAUCAACCUGACAAUAUCAUAUACAUGCAGACCAAAGGAGCAGCUGUUAUGUUGGACUUCAAAACCAUGUCAAGUGCAGAUUUGCUCAGUGCAUUGAAGACAGUCAUCAAUGACCCUUCAUACAAAGAGAAUGUCAUGACAUUAUCAAGAAUUCACCACGAUCAGCCCAUGAAGCCCCUGGAUCGAGCUGUCUUCUGGAUCGAGCAUGUCAUGCGUCACAAAGGAGCCAAACACCUUCGGGUUGCAGCCUACGACCUCACCUGGUACCAAUACCACUCUCUGGAUGUGAUUGGGUUCCUGCUGGCCUGUGUGGCAAUCAUUACUUUCCUUUUCAUAAAAAGUUGCCUUCUUAUAUAUCAUACUAUUGUCGCUAAAGGAGAGAAGAGAAAGAGGGAUUAGAACUCCAUAACAUCUAAGUCUGAUAAUCAUGAGAGGAAAGAUCAUUCCUUUUGUAUCAACCACUGUGAACCACAGCUUGGCAAAAUGGGCCUUCCCAUUUAGUGAGUCUUGUGCCAUCCUGAGUCAUUCAAGGUUUUUACUUUUUUGUUUUGUCUUUCUUUUUGAUUAAAAGCACAACCCAAAUUGCAAAAAUCCUCAACUGGCAACACUGAAACCGUAACACAUUCACAUACACCCGCUGGUUUAAGGAGUGAAAAGCCUGACAUCUUCAUGUCCAUUUCCAGAGUUAUCAUGGACUUGAACAAGCUGUGAUCAAGUUGAAUACUUUUACACUUUACAAAAGAAAACCAAAACCAGACAUGAAAUAGGAAGAGACAUGUUCCAUUUUUAUAACCUGCAUCCAAUAAAUUUAGACCAGUACCUUGGGAAUAUAAUGCUAAAGGUUUCCUUCUUUGUAUUGGAAGAUCCCAAAUUUCUUAGCACAACCUUUUC